AUGUUCUAUCUUGCAGCUCUCAUUGGAAUAUUCUCGGCAGAAGCAAAUUACUUGCCAACUUUCACUGGAAAUGGUAACGGGAAUACAAAUGGAAAUGGAGUAUAUAGAAACGAUAAUGGAAAUAGUAAUGGCGUCAAUGGAAAUGGAAAUGGUGUAUAUGUUAAUGGAAAUGGUGUAAGUGGAAAUGGGACAUAUGUUAAUGGAAAUAGUGUAAAUGGAAAUGGGGCAUAUGCUAAUGGAAAUGGGGCUUAUGUUAAUGGAAAUGGUGUAAAUGGUGUGAAUGGAGCAUUUAGAAAUGGAAAUGACAAUGGCGGAUAUAUCAAUGGUAAUGGUGUGAAUGGAAAUGACGUUUACGGAAAUGGUAAUGGUGCUAGUGGAAGUGGAAAUAGUGUAUACGUUAAUGGAAAUGGUGUAAAUGGCAAUGGAGCAUAUGUUAAUGGAAACGGUGGAAAUUGUAAUGGAGUGUAUGCUAAUGGAAACGGUAUAAACGGAGGAUAUCACAACGGAAAUGGAGUGACCGUGUACGCCAAUGGCAUUAUGAAUCCCUUCAGAGCUCUAGCUGAUGCCAUUGGCGGUGGAGGCGUCCCAGGUGUUGACUACCCAAUCCUGGCCUUCGUCCCCGCCACCGGGUUCUCCUGCAACGGCCAACUUCCUGGAUAUUACGCUGAUACUUCUCCUGAGGCUGGCUGCCAGGUGUUCCAUAUCUGUCAGGCAGGAAGCAGGAUCGAUUCGUUCCUUUGUCCCAACGGCACAGUGUUUAAUCAGCAGUACUUCGUGUGCGAUUGGUGGUACAACUUUGACUGUUCCACGGCAGAACAGUUCUACAAUUUGAAUACUGAGAUCGGCAAGGUGAAUGGAAAUGGAUACACGAACGGCAAUGGUUACACAAACGGCAAUGGAUAUACCAAUGGUAAUGGAAAUGGUGUUAUCAACGGUAGCGGGAAUGGCUACACCAGCGGCAAUGGGAAUGGAGUUACUAAUGGUAACGGAAAUAGAUAUACCAACGGCAACGGAAAUGGAGUUAUCAAUGACAAUGGAAAUGGAAAUGGAUACUCCAGAAGUAACGGAAAUGGGUACACCAACGGAAACGGUAAUGGAUUUAUCAAUGGCAAUGGUAACGGAAAUGGAUACACCAACGGUAACGGAAAUGGCUACACCAACGGCAUCGGAAUGAUUAUAGUAAGGGGCAAGGCUACACCAAUGGUAAUGGCAUUGUCAAUGGUAAUGGAAAUGGAUAUACGAAUGGAAAUGGUAACGGGUACAGCAAUAGCAACGGUAAUGGUGCUAUCAAUGGAAACGGCAAUGGUAAUGGUAAUGGGAACGGUAAUGGAUAUUACUAUGGUGCCCCUAAUGCUAACGGGAAUGGUAAUGGUGGAGCGAAAAAAUGGUAAUGGCUUUAAUGGACUCUAUCACACGCCGAGCUUCUAA